CUUAUCCAACAACCACCCCCACCCCCACCCCCACCCCUGGUGCAGGCGGGCACUCCUGAUAGCGCUAGCGCUAGCGGGGAGGAGGCCAGCAAUGGCCAUCCGCGUCUUGUUUCCCUCCUCCCAACCCCAACCCCAACCCCAUCUCCAACCGAGUAGGAGUAGCACGACGACUAGGAGGAGUAGCAGACAGCGGCGAGGAUUCUGCUGCUUCUGUUCAAGCACAAGCAGCGGCGGCGGCGAUGAGGUCUCCUCCAGCUCAUCGAUGAUGACUGUGUCCAUCACCGGAGCCACGGGGUUCAUCGGACGCAGGCUCGUCGACAAGCUCCUAUCCGAGGAUCACAAGGUGUGCGUCUUGACACGCUCCACCUCCAAGAACAAGGCCUCCUCUGUUUUCCCUGCUUCGAGGUAUCCGGGCGUGACCAUCGCGGACAAGGAGGGAGAUUGGGAGCGAUGCAUCAGGGACUCAACUGGUGUUGUCAACCUGGCAGGAAUGCCCAUCAGCACCAGGUGGUCACCAGAGGUUAAGAGCGAAAUUCUGCAGAGCCGAGUGAAUGUCACCUCAAAGGUUGUGGAUCACAUCAAUACUAGCAGCAAUGGCAAUGGUCCCUCUGUUUUCGUCAGUGCAACAGCCGUCGGCUACUACGGCACCAGCGAGACGGACAGCUUCGAUGAAUCCAGCCCAUCAGGCAACGACUACCUGGCACAUGUAUGCCGAGAAUGGGAGGGCCGGGCACGGCAAGUGAAGCAGGAGCACGUCCGGCUGGUGCUCAUUCGGAUCGGAGUCGUCCUCGGCAAGGACGGCGGCGCUCUGGCCAAGAUGAUCCCCCUCUUCAUGAUGUUUGCCGGUGGGCCGCUCGGCACAGGAACACAAUGGUUCUCUUGGAUUCAUUUGGACGACCUGGUGGAUCUCAUCUACGAGUCCCUGCGGAACCCGGCCUACACGGGCGUCAUCAACGGCACGGCGCCCAAUCCGGUGCGGCUGUCGGAGCUGUGCGACCGGCUGGGGCAGGUGGUGGGGCGCCCGUCCUGGCUGCCGGUGCCGGGGCUGGCCAUCAAGGCUCUGCUGGGAGAAGGCGCGACGGUGGUGCUGGAUGGCCAGAAGGUGCUCCCGGCCAAGGCCACCCAGCUCGGCUUCUCCUACCGCUACCCCUACGUUCGAGAUGCGCUCAAGGCCAUCGCCAAACAACUCUAGCUACCUCUAUAUAUAACUGCAUGCAUGCUCGUAUUAGUAUUUUCUUUCUUUCUAUCUACUAGUCUUUUCCUUAAUUUUCUUUCUCGUAUAAUACUACGUAAUAUACUACCCCCUCCGUUCACUUUCAUAAGACCUUGAAGACAUUCCAAACAAUGUACAAAACAGUCCAUUUGAGUUGUCUGAAAUGACUUACAAAAAUAAAUGAAGGGAGCAAUAUAAUACUCA